UGGAGUCUCCCCACAUGAGGAAUUAGAGAACUAGGGUUUCUCCACGACGAGGGCUUCUCUCCCUGAUCGGAGAAGGGAACCGUGGGAGAAAAGAACCCCCCUCGAUCCGAUCCCUCAGCCUAUUGGCGCCUUGUGGUUUCGGGUUGGUUGUGGUGUGGUUGCCUUCAGCCGUCGAGGAUGUACUUGAGAUGGGCUCUGAGGAGUUUGGUGAGCCGGUCGAGGACCGGGGCUUCUGGCCUGCAUGGCGGUAGAUUCUUCUCCGCUGCUUGCUCUGGAGCUCCCUUGACCCGGAACCCUGCCAAGAUCCCCAAGUAGGUGUUGGCUUGCAGAGAAUCUUAUUUCUGGGGUGCUUGCGGCAUCCAUGAUAUCAGAUAUCAGAUCCACCAAGACAAUAGUUCGAGAGAGGAACCGUUGGACCCUUUCGCCUUAGUCGCUGAUGAACUGUCAAUGCUUGCAGAUAGAUUGCGCUCUAUGGUGGUUGCUGAGGUUCCAAAGUUAUCAUCGGCUGCUGAAUACUUCUUCAAAGUGGGAGUGGAAGGGAAAAGAUUUCGCCCUACUGUCCUGUUGUUGAUGGCUUCGGCUUUGAAUAUGCCCAUACCUGAAGCAGCUGCUAGUGGUGCCUAUAACAACUUCUCGAAGGAUUUACGUGCAAGGCAGCAAUGCAUUGCUGAAAUAACUGAAAUGAUUCAUGUGGCAAGCCUUCUCCAUGAUGAUGUUCUAGAUGAUGCUAAUACUCGGCGUGGGAUUGGUUCAUUGAAUUUUGUCAUGGGGAACAAGCUUGCUGUGCUUGCAGGGGACUUUCUACUUUCAAGAGCAUGUGUUGCCCUUGCAUCACUUAAGAACACAGAGGUUGUAAGUUUAUUAGCAACAACUGUAGAACACUUAGUCACUGGUGAAACAAUGCAGAUGACAACUAAAUCCGAGCAACGUCGCAGCAUGGACUAUUAUCUACAGAAGACAUAUUACAAGACUGCUUCAUUGAUUUCAAGCAGUUGCAAAGCUAUUGCUCUUCUAGCAGGGCAUACUGCAGAAGUUUCAAAGCUUGCAUAUGACUAUGGCAGAAAUUUGGGUUUAGCAUUUCAGCUAGUUGACGAUAUUCUUGAUUUCACUGGCACAUCAGCUUCACUUGGGAAGGGCUCCUUAUCCGAUAUUCGGCAUGGAAUUGUGACAGCUCCAAUACUUUUUGCAAUGGAGGAGUUCCCUGAAUUGCAUGUUGUUGUUGAUCAGGGUUUUGAUGAUCCUGCAAAUGUUGAUGUUGCCCUUGAAUACCUUGGAAAAAGUCAAGGAAUUGAGAGGACAAGAGAACUAGCAGCAGAGCAUGCAAACUAUGCUGCGGAAGCUAUUGAAGCUCUUCCUGAAAGUGACGAUGAGGAUGUUUUGGUAUCAAGGCGAGCCCUCGUGGAUCUUACACAUAGGGUUAUCAGCAGAACAAAGUAAAAAAUGCAUCUCAUGUAGAUGAAAAAGAAAGCCAAAGUUGUUUUUAAAUAAUUGAAGAACUUUUUUCCACUACAUUCUUUUACAAUUUGCCUCGUUUAGUUAUAAUUUAAUGCGGCUGGAUUAUUUCGACAACAUGUUCACUCAAAAGUUUUCCCUUUUGUGUCAGAUUUAUGCUUAGACA